UUAACUCAUGACUUAUAAUGAAUUAAAAAACAACCAGUUCAAAACUUCUUAGAUAAUUAAUAGGAGUACAAUUUUAUAAUUUAAUAUAUUGGGCCGGCCCGCCGGGUGAUAAAUAAGAAAAAAAGAUGGAGGUGGUACCAUUGUUGAAUGAGAAAGGAGAUUAUGAAGUGGUAAUAAAGAACGUAAAGCAGGCAGUGAAAGUUUCAUGGGAAGAGAGCGUGAAACUAUGGAAAAUAGCGACGCCAUUGGUGAUCAAUAUUUUGUGUCAGUAUGCAACUGGUUUUGUUGCUACUGUUUUCUUGGGACAUCUCGGCGAGCUUCAACUCUCCGCCGUCGUUUUAUCUACCGGCGUUAUCAGCGGUUUUACCUUCGGUGUCUUGCUUGGCAUGGGAAGUGCGCUAGAAACACUAUGUGGGCAAGCCUAUGGAGCAGGACAACUAAAAAUGCUAGGAACCUACAUGCAACGUUCUUGGAUCGUCCUACUCCUUUCCGCACUAUUCCUCUUACCAUUCUACAUCUUAGCAGCACCAAUACUCAAACUUCUAGGACAAGAUCAUGACAUAGCUAACUUAGCCGGAACAUUCACAAUCCUUACAAUCCCACAACUAUUCUCUUUAGCUAUAAGUCAUCCUGCACAAAAAUUCCUACAAGCCCAAAGUAAAGUCAAUGUGUUAGCUUGGAUUGGGUUUAUUACACUUAUUGAGCACAUUUUUCUGCUCUGGCUGUUCAUUUCUGUGUUUGAUUGGGGUUUAGUUGGUGUUGCAUCAGCUUUUAAUGUUACUAGUUGGGUUACUGCAUUGGCUCAAUUGGGUUAUGUGUUGGGUUGGUGUAAGGAUGCUGGAUCUGGGUUUUCAUGGGCAGCUUUUAAUGAGAUUUGGGCAUUUCUUAGAUUAUCGGUUGGGUCCUCUGUUAUGAUUUGUCUUGAAACUUGGUAUAUGAUGGCUAUUACUCUUCUUGCUGGUCAUCUUAACAAUGCUGUUCUUGCUGUUGGUUCCCUCUCUAUUUGCACGAAUAUUACUGGAAUACAAUCAAUGAUAUUCAGUGGAGUACGGUAUGCUGUAAGUGUGCGGGUAUCAAAUGAAUUGGGACUUCAGCAUCCAAGGGCUGCAAAAUUUAGUGUAUACGUUACAAUUUUGCAGUCCUUAUUCAUCGGAUUAUUUUGCAUGUUCCUUCUAUUUGUUGCUGGAGAUAAAAUUAUCUCUAUAUACACAAACAGUGAUGAAUUGCACCAAGCAGUGGCUAAAUUAGCUUGGCUUCUUGAUUUAUCUAUGCUUCUUAACAGUGUUCAGCCAGUUAUUUCAGGAGUUGCUGUUGGAGUGGGAUGGCAAGGCAGUGUGGGAUAUAUAAAUUUGGCUUGCUUUUAUCUUUUUGGGCUUCCUCUUGGAUACAUUCUUGGCUAUGUAGCAGAUUUUGGAGUAAUGGGCAUUUGGGGAGGCAUGAUAGCUGGGACUGCUUUACAGACAUUGAUUCUGGUCUUCCUUGUUUAUAGAACCAAUUGGACUACUGAGGUGGAAGAAACUAACAGUCGAAUAAGGAGGUGGGGUGGACAGGAUAAUAAGGCAGAUAAAAUGGAUGAUUAUUAGUAAACAAAUUGUUACAUAACAUGGUUUUAUCGAGAAACAUAUUUUAUAUAUUGAUUGAAUAACCUAUUUCAUACAUAUUAUGAGAAUAUAAGUUUCUUGUUUGAGGCCUUCUCAUCGAGAGACGGUCUCCUAUAUAAGAGUAACUGUUAUUAGUGUGAGUAAAUAAUUUUUUUGACUGGUACAAUCGUAAUUAAUUCAUAAUUUGAGCAAUUGAGCUUAACGAUUGUCCAUCUCUUGUAUUACGUUUAUAGUUCAUCUCUUGAUGAUGUAUAUUGUAUAUCAAAUAGUGUGAAGUAUAUCAAAAUAUUGUAUUCUCUUA